AGCUACACCGCUGAUAAGCACUUUGGCCUGACGGCCUACACGCUCCCUCAAGAUCAGCGGGCGAUCAUGCAGGAGAUCUUCACCAAUGGCCCCGUGGAGGCCGAUUUCAACGUCUACGCCGACUUUCCCUCCUACAAGUCGGGCGUCUACAUCCAGCACAGUGAUCAGUUUUUGGGUGGUCACGCCAUCAAGGUUCUGGGCUGGGGCGUGGAGAAGGGCACCCCCUACUGGCUGUGUGCCAACUCCUGGAACCCGGACUGGGGUGAUAAGGGCUACUUUAAGAUUCUGCGAGGUGCUGAUGAGUGCGGCAUUGAGGAGGAUGUUAAUGCCGGCCUGCCGAAGCUUGAUUAG